AACUCAGGCUCCAACCUCUUCGUCACCGGCAUUCACCCUACUCUCACCGAGGACGAGGUCACGCGUCUCUUCGAGAAGUACGGUGAUGUCGAGCAGUGCAACAUCAUGCGCGACCCCCACACCAAGGAGUCUCGCGGCUUCGGUUUCGUCAAGAUGGUUACUGCUGAGCAGGCCGACAACGCCAAGGAGGGACUGCAAGGAGAAGUUCACCAAGGCCGCACAUUGAGCAUCGAGAAGGCUCGCCGUGCUCGCCCUCGCACACCUACCCCGGGCAAAUACUACGGCCCUCCCAAGCGCGGUAAGUUCGCUUGUUGUUUACAUGGCUGA